GUGGUGCUGCCGCUGCUCCGCUGCUGCUGCUGCGACAAUGACACAGCGUCAUAACACGAUGUUCGUCCGGCCGUGCGAUUUAACGUAAAACAAGCGGCGUUCUGUGUUCAUCGAGAACCUGCCUUCCUUUUCUCUCUCUCUCUCUCCCCCUACACACCACCCUGCCGACCCGACCCGCCCCGCCUCGUCCCGUCUCCCCGUUCUGCUUACCAGCGAGCGAUCAAGCGAGCGAGCGAGCGUUCUAUGUGGAGUCGCGCGAGGGAAUGAUCUACGUCGUUUCGUGUACGCUGACGUGGAAGGGAUAAGAGAGGAAGAGUGAGAGAGAGAGAGAGAGAGAGAGAGUAAGGAGGAGAAGGAGAAAGAAGAGGAGGAGGAGGAGGGUCGGUGGAAGAAGGGAGACAAGGAGCGAGGAAGAAGCAGAAGAAGAAGAAGAAGAGGGGAGAGCCUCCUUUCUCGAUGCGGAGAGCGGUUUCUCUCGUUUCCCGUGACAGUGGGCCACGAUGACACGAACGAGUGUCGUUCGUUCGUUGGACGAGUAGUAGCAGCAGUAGCAUUAACAGCAGCAGUAACAGCAGCAGCAGCAGCAGUAGUAGUAGUAGUUGUGUAGUAAUAAUAGCAGUAGCAGAAGCAUUAACAAGAGCAAGAGCAACGGCAGCAAUAGUAACAGCGACGACAUUAAUAGUAGUAGUAAUAGUACCAGUAAUAAUAAUAACUGUAGUGUGACCAGUUGUGUUAAGUGGUCGGCCUGUGUGUUAAACGGUACGAUAUCAUAAAGCCGGCUCCGCUACUAAUAGUUCGAUUCGAAGGUUGCCAGUUAUAGUUUCUUUGGAAGAGAGUGAUAUUAUACUUGUAUAUUCGGAUAUAUACAUAUAUAUAUAUAGAUAUAUAGAUACGUAUACACAUACACAUACACAUAUACAUAUACAUACAUAUACACAUAUACAUACACAUACACAUACACAUAUAGUUAGACGCACGCGUCUGUCAGUACGAAGAGGCGUCCUUCACGAUCGAGGUCGCUACGAUCGGUCGUGUCGUGUCUGUUCGUUCAUCGCCGGUCAUCGAUAUCAAGGCAAGAUCGCGCGCUUUCAUUCGACGAGAAAAAGAGAGAAAGACACACAUAGUGAGUCGAGAGACGAUACGCCACACGGCCUUGGGAACCGGCCGAGGCGUAGUAGUUUCUCUCUCGCGCGCGCGUCUUUUCGCAGCAGCGUACGCAAGCUCGUCAUUUACCGGCAGAGAGUGAGUGAGAGAGCGAGCGAGCGAGCGAGCGAGCGAGAGAGAGAGAGUGAGAGAGAGAGAGAGAGAGAGAGAGAGAGAGUGAUAAAGGGAGCGUGCGCGCGUCCUAGCCGGCACAGCUACUACAGCGUUUAGCUUAUAUUAGAUGAGGUGACAUGGAAAUUUCUAUCGUCUUCUCUUCGUCUUCUUCGUUUGACGCGAUGCGCGAGUGUCCGUCGUUACAUUUCGAAUUGUGGUCGAUCGAUCGACUAAUUCUAAAAUCGUCAAUGGAUUUCUUAUGAACAAGUAAACAAGUGUUAAAAAGGGAAGAACACGUUACGACAUCACGACUUUGAAUGACGUAUCUAAUGUAAGAGAAAAAAUAGGAUAGAGAGACAGAAAGAGAGAGAGAGAGAGAGAGAGAGAGGGAGAGAGAGAGCGAGAGAGAGAAAGAAGAAAAAGUUAGCACGCGUGUGUGUUCGUGCAAGUGCGAUCGCGUUGUAAUCCUACAAAGCUAAUAUCAAAUCGAUCGUCCUGGAUAUCGUCGUGUGGACCGGUAACUCUUCCGCCGAGGAUGUCGUGCUACGACAACGGCCGCUCCGAUAGCACGAGCAGCAGCAGCAGCAGCAGCAGCGGCAGCGGCAGCAGCAGCAGCAGCAGCAGCGGCAGCAGCGGCAGCAGCAGUAGUAGCAGUGAUAACGGUAACACUGGCAGUAGCAGCGGUGGCAGUGGCACCAGUGGUAAUAACAGCAAGAACAGUAGUAACACCAGCAGAAGCAGCGACAGCAAUAGCAAGAAAAAUAAUAGCGAAAAGAGUAAGAGACUCGUGACGUGGAAGAAAAACGAAGUGGAUAGUAUCGUUACUCUUUGGGUGCCGGUCGUAAAGGCGUGAUCGUUUCUUUUUCGACGGAGGAUGCGUCAGAGCGACAACAACGGCAACCUGCUGGUGGUAUCUAAACGUAGGCGUGCGCCGUGCGUUCCAGUGAUGUCGGGGUUCCUUGCAGCGCUGCUGGACCUGGACCAUGGCCGGCAAGCCUGAGCAGCAGCCGUCCACGCACCCUGCUCCCCCGAACCACGAUCAUCAUCAUCAUCAUCAACAGAAACAGCAACAACAACAACAACAACAGCAGCUUCAGCUUCAGCAACAGCACCCGCAAUAUCAGCAACAACAGCAGCAACAUCCUCAAAAUCCGCAGCAUCAACAGCAACAAAACAACAAUAAUAACAACGGCGGUGGUGGCAGUGUUCUGGUCUACGUUUCGGGGGAGAACUUUGCUUACGCCACGGCGGUGGGUGGUCAAAAUGCCGCCGCCACAGCCGCCGCCACGGCCGUCGCGACGACCACGGCCGGCUAUCGGCUAUCAUCGCCGAGGCAUCAGCCGGCGACGGCUUACGUUGCCGGUGGUGUCAUUCCGACACAACUUCCGACGGCGGCUUCUUGCUUUCCCGCCAAAACCGCCAACUCGGCUGCCGCCGCCGUCGCCGCCGCCGCCGCUACCGUCGCCGCCACCACCAGCACCACUGCUAUCACCACCACCACCACCAUCACUACCACCACCACUACCACCGUCGUUGCCGUCGAUCGUACUCGGGCGAAUUUGAAAAGGUCUAAUGAUCAUCAUGCCGUUUCGGUAACGACGACAACCACGUCUGCGAUAACGACGACAGGAAACACGGCAACGACGACAGUAGUAGCGUCGAGCGAUGCUCGAAGGGAUCAGUCGAGGUCGUCGAACGACGAGGAGGAUGAUUACGUCGGUGGUAUCGUCUACGGAAGGACUCAAGUCGUCGCUGGUAGAAUUCUGGGCAAUGAGUAUUCCCAGGACGCCGGUAGACGAGCUAGCAAGGACGAUACGAGCCUCAAGAUGUACCCUUCCCAUCGUUACAACAACGUAGCAAACAGCAACGUCGUUGCUGGUGCUUCUGCUGCCGUUGUUGUCGGUUCUGGUGGUAACGCUGUCAAUAGGAUUGGCUUGCUUGAGAGCAAUGAGGCUCGAGUGACACGUUUUGUGCGACAACAGACGAACGACGUCGGUGUUGUCGACAGAAGAGACGAUAAAGUUAGGCAACAGCAACAGCAACAACAGGAUGGAUAUGACAGGCAGACCGGGUCUUCCUUGUCUGGUGAUUCGGUGAGGUCAGACAUCGGUGAAUCAUCGACGUACAGCAGUCUCAGCAGUCCGGAAAGUCAGAGUCAAACGUCCUCGCACGACGGCUCGAACAACGUGACGAUGAAUGGUGCGGUAGGAGAUGGUGCUUGUAGUAGUGCUAGUAGUGCUUCUUCUGGUGCGGGUGGUGCAAGUGGUGCGUGCGUGCAGCAACAACAACAACAACAACAACAACAACAACAACAGCAAUCAACGCGAUCAUCCUCAACGACGAGACUCGCGGUUGCGAACGGCAACAACAACGAGAACGGUGCUAACGCGCAGCAUAAUGUUGUGCUCACGAUGAACGGUAAUGCGGUGCUCGCGCAACAACACCAGCAGCAGCAGCAACAGCAGCAACAGCAGCAGCACUCUGUCACGGUGCCACGUGGAUGGAAGAGGAUAUGCGCCAACGGAGUCAUCAUUUAUAUCAGUCCUAGCAGUACGGCUCUAGGCUCGUUGGAUCAACUGAAGGAGUACCUGACGACAGCGGGAACCUGUAAAUGUGGUCUCGAAUGUCCUCUCAGACCUGAACAGGUCUUCAACUUUGACCCCAAGAUUGCAACGCGACCUUGGAGCCCGGAUCAGGGCAAGACGCGAGAGAUGACCAAGCUCUGCAACCAUAAGAGGAAACUUUUGCUACCGUGCGCAGCAGCCAGCCCUGUUGCCGCCUCCUGUACCUUGCCGGUCUCCCCUUCGACGUUAUCUUCUGGACCAACGUCGUCGACGGCAGCGCCGACAGCAGCGGCACCGAUUCACGCCGACUCGCCCACCUCGCCGGACAAAGCCAGAAAAGAUGGUCUCAGCAAGAAAAAAAAGAGAAAACUGGUGGGUAUAGGGGGCUUGUACUCAGGAGUUUCCGUAUCGCAACUUCUGGCACAGCGGGAAAGAGCUAUCGCUGCUGUUUCCACGUCGGGAGUUCAAGGUUCAUCGGUGCCUAAUGGAUCGCAGGUGUGGCCGAUCGCGAUCCCUAAUUUGCAGAUGCAACAAAGCAAUCAACAAAUCUGCCAUCAAUCGUUAAAUUCACCCUCUCAAAAUCACGACGUAAAUAGUUCGGUACGAAAUUCUCAACAGCGGUUAAAUCAGCACAAUAUGCCUGGGAUGAUAAUGGGAAAUCCGCUAAUUAUGAAUCAGCAAAGUACUAAUUUCAAUAAUAUGACCCAACAACAGCAGCAGCUUUUGCAGCAACAGCAUCAACAAUUAUUACUACAGCAACAGCAGCAACAACAGCAACAGCAGCAACAGCAACAGCAACAACAGCAACUGAUGCAGCAACAUUUAUCGCAGCAUCAACAGCAACAGCAACCUCAACAACUUUUACCUCAUCAUCAACAAAUGCAGCAUAUGCCGUUGUUGCAACAACAUCAGGAGCAACAACAGCAGCAGCAACAGCAGCCACAUCCCAACGCUGUAGUGAAUCAAUUAUCUCAACAGCAAGUUCCUCAUUAUAUAAAUCAGUUGAAUCAACAAUCCUUGCACGUUAUGCAGCAACAACAACAACAUCUGAACCAACAACAGCAGCUUCACAUACAACAAAUUCAGAAACAUAAUAUGCAACCGCCACAACAGCAGCAUUUAACAUCGGAAAUGGAUCAACAGCAAACAGGAAAUUAUAAUUCGCAGCUGCCUCAAGAAGGUUACGUACAUCAUUUACAAUCUUCGCAGAUGUCGCAACCUGUUCUUCAUCCGCUUCAACAUCAACUUCAUCAACAUCAAAUACAGCAGCAGCAGCAACAACAACAGCAACAAGAUCAGCAUGGUAUGCAGACUCAAACUAUCGAUCCAUUUCAAAUGCAAAUACAACAACUACAACAACAGCAGCAACAUCAACAACAGUUGUCACAAAUGUGCGUGCAGGCUCAAUAUCCUAAUCAGCAAUUAUCUCAUCAUACGAUGGAUAUUAUACAGCAAUCUAACGGCGGGUCCGUUAUGAGUGGAAUCAAUCCUUCUGAUUUGCAAAAUAGACAUGGUCGUACGCAACCAGCUACAGAAGAUGAUUUAAGUGCUAAGCAAAUGCAACAACAGCAACAACAACAGCAACAACAGCAACAACAGCUGUUAAUGCAUAAUCAUAACUUACAACGGCAUCAAAUCGUCGAGAAUGGAAAUCUGUCAAAUAAUCCUCACGAAAAUGCACAACGAAUGUAUACGCAAGGCCAAGUUCAAUAUCCAGCGAGAAACUUUGAUACUCAGAAGAUAUCGACUGUGGAAGCCAAAUUUGGUCAUCAACAACAAUACACUUUAGUCAGCCACGCGGGAAGAAGUCCAACUAUUAACCAUGCUACAGAAGUACAAUCGGGUAUGGGACCAACUAGCGGACAAGCAGGAAAUAUACAUUUUAACGCAAGAGCACCUCCGUGGCAACAAAAUCGUACAGUUGUCACGACUAAUCAGACUUCAUUAACUACGGUCCAAAAUAUUACUUGCAAUUCUUUUGAUCGUGUUCCUCCUCUCCAUCAUCACAUUCCACAGACGUCAACCUGGACCGACGAGGUAGCGAGGAAGAAAGCCAAGUCAACUAAGAGUAUGAUGAAAAAACAGCGUCAGCAUGGUACAUCAGAUAUGAGGAGUAAUAAUGGCCUGGAUCAGCCAAUACCAAGUCCAAUUGACGAAUUUAAUGACAAAGCGCAACAGAAUAGCGAUCAAAUUGGUUCGACGGUUAACAGCAGUGGUCCUUCAUUUUUAGAGGAUCCUAGUGGUUAUUUAGCACAGCAAACUGCUUUACUAAAUAGUACGAUAUCGCGGCAAACUGGCGUUAAUAACACUCAAGUGGCCAUAUUGAACAGCCCGAAAGUACAACAAACGAAUCAUAGUACUCAUACAGCGAGUAAUCCCUAUCUUGCGCAACCAAAGCCUUCCUCUGCUGCCAGUCCUUCAAGUACAACAUUUAAUUCUGUGAAAAAUCAUGCCACUUCACCAGUAGUGGUACACAGCAGUAUGACGCCGACGUCUAGUAAUGGUGCCAUCGAUUCCGACGGUAGCCCUUGCCAUGGCUGUGUUAGCAGUGGUGACAAUCAAUCCUUCGUUCAAGAUCAAUACAACAAACAGCAAUUACAUCGACAAUACGUAUUGCAUUCUGAUCAACGCGAGGAUCCAGUUACAUCGUCGACGUUUGGUGAGAAAUAUCAAGGGAGUCAACAACAAAUUGAUUCAAGACCUAUUCAAGGAGGUACUGUUAGUACUAGUCAUGGUUCACCGAUCGGUACAAAUAGUCCAGCUAAUUCGGAUGUCCCUGCUUCCUCAACACCUGGAAUAUCUCAACCAGCAACACCUCAAAGUUUAACUUCAUCCCAACCAUCGACCCCGCACAGUUAUUCUCAACCACCAACGCCCCAUUCUCUUGCAUCGUCGUCUGGUCAAUUACCAUCUCAACCUUUAACUCCACACUCUCAUCCAUCUUCAUCGAAUCAGUUUGCAACUCAACCGUUAACUCCUCAGGCACCGCAGCCUUCGCAAUCAUCGUCUAAUAACAGUUUGGAACAGCACUUGGAAAUGUCGUGUACAGUUGCAAAUAAUCCCAAUGCUGUUUCACCAAGUACAUCUCCUUCUCAAACAUAUUCUACGCCUAUGGACAAUAUAACGUCUCAGCUACCAAAAAGACAGGCUGUCAGUACGAGACAGCUAUCGUUAGAUGGCUAUCAACCACAUCCACAUACAGUGAAUACAGUUUCAAGGAUACCAUUAAAUUCUUUUACCAGUACGUCGUCCGUGAUAACGACUAUGGCAAGCGGACAUACGGUUAGUAGUAAUACAAUUACGUCUGUGCUUGCUGGAAGAGCGAAUACGGCGACCGUAUCUAUAAAUACGCCCUUGGGGAUGCCUAACCCCGCUAUUUUAAACAUUCUUUCCAAUAAGCCUCAACAGCCAACAACGGCAUCGCCCGCUCUCGUGAAUGUAACAGCGACGUCGACAACGGCGCAUCAUCCACAUUCGAUACCCCUUACACCUAGUCAAUCGUCGACGAUCACAGUAUCGAAGUCACCAUUGGAGAUGGUUCAGAGUGUAGUAAGUAGUAUUCAGGUACCUCAAGCGACAAUUAAUUCACCAAUGCCACAGACUCAACAACAGCAACAUCAGCAACAACAACAGCAGCAUCAACAGCAACAACAACAACAACAACAACAACAACAACAACAACAACAACAACAACAACAACAUCAACAGCAACAACAACAACAACAACAGCAGCAGCAACAACAACAGCAGCAGCAACAACAACAACAACAACAACAACAACAGCAUGCUCAGCAACAACAACAUCCGCAAUCGAACGUUCAAGUUCACAAUGUCCUUACAUCUGGUGGUAUAUUGAAGCAUCCAACAGGAUCUACUUUGCCACCCGGACAUAUUUUAGUGUCCAGUGGUGGACAACUCAUAAUGGCAAGCACUGGGUCUGCUAUUAAUGGUGUGAUGGCACCGCCACCACCGAAAAUCAUUUCUAAUGCUAAUUCAAUGCCACCGUUAUCCGUUUCGCCGAUGGUCACUAGUGUAACUGGAGCAGUUAGUCAAGUUAUACCGGCAGUUGGUGUAGCUCAGCAAGUGAUAGGACAACCAACGGUUUUGGUUAAUGCUAUACAAACACCGGUUCUUAUUCAACCCGGUGUUAUGACGAUGGACAGUAUUGGACAAAAUGUACAAAUACCUCAUCUCACGGUUGCUACCGGGAACGUUAUACAAAAUGCUCAGUCCAUCUUAGACGCAAAUCAAGAUGUGACGAGGAACGUGAGUACAAAUCAGGGUAUCGUGAACCGUCAACCGGCUCUACUUUCACCCGAAUCCGCGCUGAGUAAAAAGAAAGCGUACAAAAAACGAAAGACCAAUCCUCAAACCGUAGCGUCGAUGCUUCACAUUGCUUCGUCUCAACAAAAUGCGGGUAUGCUGAUGCAAUCGCAAUCGAAUUUUGCGCAGCAAAAUUUCCAAGCACAGAGCAUAGGUGGGCCAAUGUUGCAGGCCCUUACAAUUGUUCCUGGCAAAGGCGGUGCACCCGCUCAAUUGGUCAUGAAUGGUCAAACAGGUGCAACGUCCGCGCAAUUUAACACUCAACAGAUUAUUACAAAUCCUCAACCUGCUCAACAAAUAAAUCUUUUGCAACCGGUUAAUUUGUUGAAUGGAGCAGCUGGAAUGGUACAGAAUUUCCCUACCAUCCAACAGUUUAUCGUGCCUGGAAUAGGAAGUAUGGUCAUGUCUGCAGACGGUACUGCGACUUUGUUGCAAGAUACUGGAAAUAUAGGAAUGCAGCUACAAAUACAAAAUGUAAAUGGUCAAAAUGUCCUUACGCCGGUGCAAAGUCAUAGCGGAAUAUUUAGUCCGAGUCAAAGUAUUUUGGCAGCUGGACCGGCUGGGAUGGUGAUCAGAGCACCGCAAGCAACUAGCAGCAAAAUCAUUCAACAGCACAGUCCUGGUGCACAGUUCCUGUCUCCCAAUAGUGGUCAAUUUCUAGUAAAUGGAACGACGUCUUUUGGGAAUCAAUUGAGUCCAAUAGUGGCCAAUGUUAGUCCCAAUCAACAGGUGACAUUUAAUACGUCUCAGGUUAGGCCACCCAAUAUGCAGGGCCAACAGGAAUUUAUACAAAUGAACGGCCAAACGUUGAUGGUACCUUGCGCGACCGCUCAGAAUAUUGCCGUUUCAUCAGCACCGAAUCAACAGAACACAACUUUCGUUCAGCAAAAUACAACUAUCGUUCAACAACAAACCACUAUGGUAUCGAACAAUCAGAUACCAAAUUUUCAGGCAGCGCCUUCGAACAAUGCAGGUCCCGUUGAUCCAGCUUUAAAUCUAGAUCACAAUCAGCCAUAUAUUCUAAGUUCGGGCAUGAUCUCAGGAAAACCGCCAUCUUCUCCAAAAAAUAGCAUUAAUUCUCCUACCUCUGAUCAAAGUAUAGAACAGCAGCAAUAUGUUCUUGCUAGUAGCAGUACUUCCGUUGUCGAAAAAACGGGACAGCAGAUCGAUCAACACAGUCCGUUGAUGGCGAGGCAUUCCGUAUCGACUCAAACAGCUGGUAAUCAAGCAAAUAUAGUACAGGCGGCGAUGAUGAGACAGGGUUCUCCACCAGAUACGACUACGCAUAGUCCAGGAAAUAGUCAGCGGUCAAACAGUCCAGCUGUCGACACGACAACACAUGGAGCAGCUUCUCCCGCGCCACCGAUCAGUGCCAGACAGCAUUCUUCAUCUACGCCCAUGGUUCAUUGCGUGUCAAGCAGCGAACCCGAUUCUGGUGACAUCACGAUGACGUCAGAAGAUUGGAGGAUUCAAGGUGUUACCACGAAAGAGAUCACACUAAGUCAACCCAAUCUUCAUGGGAAGACUUACGUGGAAUCGACGGUGACUACUGGGAUCCAGAUCUAUACGUCAGAGACGUUGAAGCAAGCGGAAGGUGUGGUGAGCACGGUGAGGUGCGAGGGCAGGGAACAUGCCCUCGGCCGAGGAAUCAAGCGAAAGCUGGAGUCCAUCCAUUCGAUGCAUUCCACCCUGCAUGAAGACCAAGAUGUAGCUGAGACAAAGGUGGAGGAGAAAAAGCAAUGGAAACUGGAAGUGGGUGAACUCGUGUGGGGUGCAGCAAGGGGGAGUCCCGCUUGGCCGGGUAAAGUCGAGUCCUUGGGUCCACCGGGCACGAUGACAGUUGGGGUCCGUUGGUACGGGGGAGGGGGCACUCUCACCCAGGUCGAUGUCAAGGCCCUCAAGUCGCUCUCCGAAGGCCUCGAGGCACACCAUCGUGCCCGAAAAAAAUUUCGGAAAAGUCGUAAAUUGAAUAUGCAAUUGGAAAAUGCGAUACAAGAGGCUAUGGCGGAAUUGGACAAGAUAAGCGAAUCGUCGCAUCAUCGAGAGAAGGCGACGUCGGCGGUAAGAAGAUCGUCGAAGGUUUCAUCGAGUCCAACUACGACCACGAGAAGUCCUGCUAGCAAUGCCGUCGCUAAAAGAUCGUCCAAGAGAUCAAUGGGAACAAGUUUAGAUAAUGGAAAAGCCGAUCAGAAGCAAUGUCGAUGAUAAUUCGUUUUAUAACAAAUUAUUCGCCUAUCGUAGAUCAGAAUAAUUCGAAAAUACGAAAAAUCGAUUAAUUUGAAUGUCGAACGAUAUAGAUGGUACAUAGCUAUAUUUCCUAUUAUUAUCCAUUCCCUCCUUUAAUCGGACCCGAAGAGAAAAAAAUCUUUGAAUUUUCUUCGUUCCUCUUAUUCCUUAUUUAUUCCGUCUAGAGUCCUGAAAGGUCCUUUACGAUUGAUUAGCAUCGAAGAACACGUUCUCCCGAUUGCAUUUCUUUGAAACGAAAAAAUCGAGACACGCAUACCUAUCUUGACGUCGUUCGCUUCUUGUCGAUACCCUUCAAUUAAGAAUUUCUCAGUUGUUCGAAGUUGCGAUUGAUCGCUGAUAAAAGUAUUCCCUUUGUCGGCUGUCACUCGUUUCAGAGUAAAGGGAGAUUAAUCGUUACCGCGUUUGUAUAGGCGAACGCCUAUAUAAUAAUCCAACGUUUCUCAUUCCUCAUUCCAUCUUUUCUACAAGACGUAAACUUUUUUCUUUUCCUUUUCCUUUGCGUGCAAAUAUCAUCGGGAAAAGCCUAACUAGUCUAAGAAAAACGAACGAAGAAAAGUUUUAUGUCGAUAUAAUCGAGAACGAGAGAGAGAGAGAGAAAGAAUGAGAGAGAGAGAGAGAGAGAGAGAGAGAGAGAGAGAGAAUGAUAUGAAGUGGGGAGAUGAGAAUCAGAGUGAUCGGAAUCGAAGUAACGAGCCGUGAGAAAGGAGAACUAAUCUCUAAUGGCAGCAUGGGGAUACUUUUUAUAUCAGGCCUGUCUACGGCUACCGAGCUCUCGGCUUUUCAUCGACGUCCACUCGCAUAAUUGAUCGUUACUUCCUGUUCGUUUGUUCGUUUGUUCGUUACAACGACUGCGAAAUUAACGAUUUAAAGAUCUCGCUCGUUACGAUCUUGCGACGUUUACCGAUAUAAUGAGAUCAAUUUCAACUUUGAAAAAAAGAUUAAAUUCAUUGUUCGAUUAAUCGCGAAUUAUUAUUAUUCCAAUGGUGCUAGUUUAUGAUGAAAUACGUCUUUACGUGAAAGCAAAAAAAAAAAAAAUUAAAAAAGAAAAAGAGAAAAAGAAAAAGAAGAGAAACAAAUGCACAGAAUGUAUUCGCGUGGAUCGGAACAAUAUGUAUGUAUGUAUUUCUCUACCGUCGUACGAAAAUCAAUGGCCGACGUACGACUGGCCUAUAUCCGAUGUUUCCAGACAUUAAUUAAAAUAAUGAAUUAAUAAUGACUUACGGAUUGAUAACAAUGAAGAGCCCGUAGAUUCAUUUCUUUUUACGGACUUUUCCAUCCUAAAAUUCUGAGCGUGUAUAUAUCAUAGAUAUAAUAGUAUAUACUUAUACGUAUAUACAUGCGCUUGUACAUAGGAGUGUCCUUUUUAUUCCGAACGAUAAAAUCGUAUGAAAAAACGGAUAUAGGCGAAUUUUCCGUCGAAUAUUAUUUACGAUAUAAAUAUAAAUACUUUCCUCUCGGCAAGGUUCCAAAGAAUAACAAGAGAAAGAAAGAAAAAUGAAAAAAAAAAAAAAACAAAGGGAAAUAAAAACGAAGAAGAAAAUAAAAAACAGAGAAACAAAAAGAAAAAAAAAAGAAACAACAAAAAACCAAUUUUCGAUAAUUACAAUAUUAUUGCCUUUCCGACUUACGCUUACGAUCGAUAAAGAUUUUAGCGAUACUUUUAUCGAGUCACUCUCAAUUGAAAUUUUUACGUACAAAAGAUUGUUAUCCUUAACGAUAAGAAUAUUUCGAAUACAAUGAGUAAAACCCUCGAAUACUAUUUUACCGAUCGAUAUCAAUGUAUGUACAUGUAUAGAAAGGAAAUAGUAUACGAGCUAUCAGUUUUAUUAAAAAACUAUCUGUGUAUAUGUAGACGCAAGCGUAGGCGGAAAGGAUCGUUUUAAUGAUACGACCUCGCGUUGUACACCAUUACUAUAAAUAUUAAUUCGACACGUUCGACCAUUUUAACUAAAGGAAGGAUGGUUCAUGAAAAAUAUUUUAAAUCUCGGCAUAAUAAUUUUAUAAGUACGAUUAAGUACAUACUACGCUAAUCGGAUUUGUAUAUAUAGAAAAGAGCGAUACAUCGCCGACUGGACGUUAUUAUGAAGAAAGUAUUGUAUUUAAGUUUUUUAAUUAAUCGGAACAAACGAAGGAGAUAUUGAAUUCGCUUUUAAUGGUGUACCUUAACUCGUUGAUCGCAUUUUACAUGGAAGAAUUAUAAUAUCGAAGGAUUAAUUGUCGGGAGCAUUUUAGAUAAUUAAACGCGAAAAAAGUUCUCGGAUAUUUGCUUAGAAAUUUUUAUCACUCGUGGUCAUUGAUCGUCGAAAUAUCUACCGUAAGAAAAAAAAAUAUAAAAAAAAAAAAUCCAAAAAAAGAAAAAGGAACAAAAAAAGAAACAAAAAAAAACGUGUUACUAUGAAAAAUUUAUAUAAGUUGUGUAAUUAACGUACGUUAUAUAGUUAGCAAGUGAGGGAAGAUUUUGAGUAUAUCUCGCAGGAAUAUUUGGUUAGAUGUAGUAUAACAAGAGGGAAAAAAAUAAAAGAAAAUAAAAGAAGAGUUCGUCGCGAUUGAACAUACGAUAGACAAUAAAGGAGAUGCAAGUAUCAAAAAUGGAAAAAUAAAAAUAAAAAAAAAUGAAAAUAAAUAAAAAAAGAAAACUCUCGCGCGAUUUUCAAUUCAUGUCUUUCAUACAUUACUAUCCGUAAGUUUCUUUUAAAAUCGACAAACACGUAACUUUGCACACCGUGUCCGCAACGUAAUUAACUUAAAAUAUGAAACGGGUCUGUAACAAUUUUCUAGCGAUACAUAUAUAUAUAUAUAUACAUAUAUGUAUAAUGUGCUUGUAAAUAUGUCGAUGAUAAUCACACCGAGAAAAAAGGGAGAGAAAUAGAGAGAGAGAGAGAGAGAGAGAGAGAGAGAGAGAGAGAGAGAGAGAGAGAGAGAGAGAGAGAGAUGUCAUAGCAAAUUUUUCGGAUAAUUAAAAACGGUGCGAGCGUAAAAAAAAAAGAAAAAUAAAACGAACACAGUUGGAAAUAGCAAGGUUUGAUUCGAUUUCUCAUAAGAGAUUCGAAAACAUGUAAAAUGAUGUCGAUUAUUCGAAAUGAAGCUUUAUACCAUAUACAUAAAUACAUACACACAUAUUUAUAUAUGUAUAUAUGAUUCAUAUAUAUAUAUAUAUAUUUGCUUUCUUUAUCGGAUAAAGUGUCUCCUUAAAAAUAAGGAAAUAUUAUAUCAGAGCAAAUCAAAAAUUUGCGAUAUCGCAUGUACAUGGAGUCUUUCAAGAAGCAUAGAUUUCGUCUCGUUUACCUGGUACCUUAGAUUUUGACCUUUUGCUGUCACGCACACUAAUCGUACAGUUCGGUUUGUAGAAAUUUUAGACGAUAUCAAAAAAGAGAGAGAGAGAGAGAGAGAGAGAGAGAGAGAGAGAAAGAGAGAGAGAGAGAGAGAGAGAGGGAGAGAAAGAAAAAAGAUAAGAAAGAAAAAAGAAUGAGAGGCAAAAAAAAAAAAAGAAGAGUAAAGAAACAGAAGGAGGCGAGUUUAAAAAAAGAAACUCACGAUUUUUGUCGUGAUCUCGUAAAGCUCGUGCGUCUGAUUUCGAUACGUGGCGAAACACAUAUCACCGAUCUCGACAACGAUUUUCAAAAGUCUCUAGGCAUUUUGCACAUUGUAUUAAAAAAAGUAGAAAAAGAAAAUGAGAUGAGAAAAUGAAAAAGAAUAAGAAUAAGAAUAAGAAUAAUAAUAAAAAUAAACGAAGAUGAUGAUGAAGAAGAAGAAGAAGAAGAAACAUAUAUAAUGUAAAUGGCUGGUAUCGCUGUAGUCGCAAUGGGACCGUUUUAAGAAUAAGACAAAUUCUUAUCUUUAUCGCUCUUAAUAAUCCCUUUCGCUCUAAUCAUCUCGAAUGAUUCGCAUAACGCGAAAUAAAGGGGACAGAAUGGAUUCAGUCCUCCCUUAACAUUUUUUCUUUUUUAUUUCUUUUUCUUUUUUUUUUUUUCUUUCUUUUUUUUCUUUUCUUUUUCUAUCAGACGAGACCAUCGAUGCGACUGAUAUAAAUCAAUUUCGAUUGCUUUUUUCCCUUCGCAGGUAUUUAAAAACAAAAAAAAAGACAAAAAGAGAAUGAAUUAGAAAAGAAGAGAAGGAAAGGGAAAGAAUGAGAGAGAGAGAAAGAGAGAGAGAGAGAGAGAGAGAGAGAGAGUGAGAAAGAGAGAGAGAGAGAGAAAGAAUACGAAACGCCGACGGGAAAACGUAAUUAAAAAAAAAAAUCAGUAAAGACUUACCUCAGUAAACAUAUACUCAAGAAUCAAACGUCUUAAAUUCGAGAAUAUAUACUGUAGUGCCGAUGUCCUUUGUAUAUUUUCAAUACUGUAAAUAGAUAUAUAAAUACGCCUUAUUAAAUAAUUAAUGGUAAUUAAUCAGCAAUCACGCCGUACAACGGCUGGUCGAUUUACGGAUUAUUGAAAAUCGAAGUUGGUGCGUUUUACUAAGAAAUAAAGAAAGAAAGUAAGAAAGUAGAAGGAAAGGAUGAAAAGAUGGAUAAAUGAAAGAGGAUCUAUGUGAUUGGAUAAUUACGUGUUUAGCGGGAAGCUUUACGAGUUUUGAGAGAACAUUUUAUAAAAAAU